AUGGGUGACGUAAACAACACUAAUCAAGGAUCCAAGGAUAAGGAUGUCGGCCAGACCUCAUCGCAGCCAGUCAUCACUGGAGCGAUGAGAAACCCACAAUUCAACUACCAAUCUCCCGAGGGACAAACUCCAAAUAGUAACGUACCUCUCAAUUUAGCUCAGCUAAGUCAAUUCUCACCUGAACAGCUGCAAACUGUAGCUUCUUUCAUUCAAAUGUUGACUGCCAACCCCCAACAAAGCACACCCAAUCAACCUGCUGGCGGUGCACGUAAGCGACCACUGGCCACGGCCGGUAGGAACGCGGACGGCACCCCUCUCCGAAAGAUGCGAUCCUUGAACCCUAGCGGACGAGAGAUGGAGAAAAGGAUUGAUCAGUCAGACUAUGAAGAAGACAUUUUGGAGACAGAAGAAUUAUACCAUUCGGAGGAAGAGGCCCAGGGUGGCUCCCGUCGUGAGUACAGUGCCUCAUGCGCUAGUAACUAUUCGAUGGGGGGUCACCUACUCAUCAAGCCUAAGCUCUCCCCUUUCACCAUGGAUAUAUUGAAUCAUCCAAUGACAAGAAUCAAGAUGCCAACCUCCAAGUAUGAUGGCACUUCGGAUCCAGAUGACCAUGUGGCUGCUUACGAGGGCCACAUGUUUCUUUACACUGACGUGGAUGCCAUAUGGUGCAAGGUCUUCCCGUCCACAUUGACAGGCAUAGCCCAGACUUGGUUCAAGAGUCUAAAACCAGGUAGCAUCUCUAGCUUCUCCCAGUUGUCGUCCACAUUCAGUACUCACUUUGUCAGUAAUAGACGCUGCGAGCGUACUACGGGAGAACUGCUAUCUGUCAAGCAGGGGGCCAACGAAAGUUUAAGGGACUAUAUCGGUCGCUUUAAUGUUGAGGCCGUUUCAAUUCCGCGCUUACAGCAAGAUGUAGCGGUGCUAGCUUUGAUGACUGGCCUCAAGGAGGGGUCACCAUUUCGAAAUUAUCUGGGUCGUAAAUCUUACACCACUCUGGGUCCCAUCCUGGGUAAAGCCAAUGAUUAUAUCAGGGGAGGAGUUUGA